AUGUCUUCAAAGAAUCGACAGCUUCUCAGAGACCAGUUUAUGGUGGAGUUGGUUGAAGGUGCUCGAAAACUGCGACAUGUCUUCCUCUUUACCGACAUUCUGCUCUGUGCUAAAUUAAAGAAACAAACUGGAGGGAAGGGGCAGCAGUAUGACUGUAAGUGGUAUAUCCCACUAGCGGACGUCACUUUCCAGACCAUCGAUGAGUCCGAGUCCUCGCCUGUUCCACAGAUACCAGAGGAGGAGAUUGAUGCUUUGAAGGUCAAGAUCUCCCAGAUCAAGAACGAGAUACAGCGAGAAAAGAGAGUGUGUAAAGGAGGAAAAGUGCUGGAUCGCCUCAGGAAGAAACUGUGCGAACAGGAAUCACUGCUUCUCCUCAUGUCUCCAUGCAUGGCCUUCAGAGUCAGUAACAGGAACGGCAAGGGUUAUACGUUCCUGAUUUCAUCUGACUAUGAACGUGAAGAAUGAGAGAAAUUACGGGAACAGCAGAAAAAAUGUUUCAAGAGUUUUUCUUUGACUUCGUUGGAGUUGCAGAUGCUCACAAACUCUUGCGUGAAGCUACAGACAGUUCACAGCAUUCCUCUGACAGUCAAUAAAGAUGACGAUGAAUCUACGGGGCUGUGCGGCUUUCUGAAUGUGAUUGUUCAUUCUGCAACAGGACUGAAACAGAGCUUGAAUCUCUACUGUACAUUGGAGGUGGACUCUUUCGGCUACUUUGUAAACAAAGCAAAGACUCGUGUUUACAGAGACACCACAGAGCCAAACUGGAAUGAGGAGUUUGAGAUUGAGCUGGAGGGCUCGCAGACCCUCAGACUGCUGUGUUACAGUAAUCAAACAGUGCAGGAUGAUGGUGAAAACAUGGAUCGCGUCAUGGCCAAGGGACAGAUUCAGCUGGAUCCGCAGUCGCUGCAGGGUAAAGACUGGCAGAGGACAGUAAUCAGCAUGAAUGGGAUUGAGGUCAAGCUGUCUAUGCGGUUUACCAGCAGAGAGUUCAGUCUGAAGCGGAUGCCCUCCAGAAAACAGUCCGGAGUGUUUGGAGUCAAAAUCGGGGCUGUCACUAAACGCGAACACUCCAAAGUGCCUCUGAUUGUGAGACAGUGUGUGGAGGAGAUCGAGCGCAGAGGGAUGGAGGAAGUGGGCAUCUAUCGGGUCUCUGGUGUGGCCACAGACAUCCAGGCCCUGAAAGCUGCAUUUGAUGCCAACAACAAAGAUGUUUCAGUUAUUAUGAGUGAGAUGGACGUGAAUGCCAUUGCUGGAACACUGAAGCUUUAUUUCAGAGAGCUUCCCGAGCCCCUCUUCACUGAUGAACUCUACAUUAACUUCACUGAAGGCAUCGCAUUGUCAGACAGUGUAGCAAAGGAAAGCUGCAUGCUCAACUUGUUGCUCUCGCUUCCUGAACCCAACCUGCUGACCUUCCUGUUUCUGCUGGACCAUCUGAAGAGGGUGGCUGAAAAUGAGAUCGUCAACAAGAUGUCCUUCCACAAUCUGGCCACAGUAUUCGGCCCGACCCUUCUCCGCCCCUCUGAGAAGGACAGUAAAAUUCCAAGCAAUCCCACGCAGCCCAUCUCUAUGAGUGACAGCUGGUCUCUUGAGGUUAUGUCUCAGGUCCAGGUAUUACUGUAUUUCCUUCAGCUGGAGGCCAUCCCAACUCCGGAUAGUAAACGUCAGAGUAUGCUGUUCUCCACAGAGGUUUGAAGAGGUGCACUACGGUGCCAAAUGCACUGGGACUAAAGCGAUUCAGCAUGUGACCAAUAGAGGGCACUAACAACCUACUGAUAUCUUCCAAACAGCCGAUUCCCCAACCCCAUCAGUAGCUUUCUGGAGAAAUUUACAAGUGAAGAAUGACAAGCCAAUCUGAUAUCUUCUCACUGUUACAAGCACUUAGAGUUACAUUCUACAUGGAGGUGAUGUUGUUUAUUUUCGUUUUCAUUCGGUGUAGCAUGAACGGCCUCAUGUAGCCCACUGAAUGAUGAAUGUUAUUUUUGCGUUCCUCUCAGCGCUGUGGGUUUUUUACAGAAUUACACAUUCCAGUUUUCCAUGGCUGUUAUUAUUUGAUCUGACAUUUUGCUCACCUAUGAUUUAUGUCUUCCCGUGGCGAGAGUUACGGAACAUCUGAAUACGCAAAUCUUGAGGAGGAACACGUUUAUGUGGCCCUUUACUGAUGGAAAAAACACAACACGGAAAA